AUCAUUAGAUAAAAAGAAGAGGCUGGGCCUCAUCCUCAUCCUCAUCCGAUCGUCGGAGGAAUACUUAAGUCCAAGUACUCAACUACAAACUUAUUUACGGAUUUCCGCUUAUGCUACAUCGUCUAUCGUCAGCUUUGUCUCUUUUCCAUAGGAGAGCAUGGGCGUGGAAGACUUGAGUAAUGAAGCCGGGUCUAGCGUAGAAACUGAAUUUGUGCCGGGAUCCAAUGAAGAUGAAGGAUUUGUAGUCGAGAAUGGAGAUGAAUCGAGUUCCCAGGCCGCGAGCGGAUUCUUCUGAAGAAUCCGCUCCACCUCCUAUCCUAUCUAAUAGCUUAAUGAUAUUUGUCGCAGGACUUAGUACGGAGUACCCAGCUAUACACAACAAUAGCAAGGUAGAAGGGUGGACACAUGUCAGAACCUUUUCCUCCAAAUCGGAGAGACUUUUUGGCGAAAAGGGGUCAAUAGAAAACUUGGAUGAUAUAGUCAAGGAAUUACUGGAUUUUGUUCUGCACUCGGCAGCAGAUAUCAAAGACUUGUCCGAGCUCAGUCUUGGUUUUAUGGCGGCUGAUCUCGGUGGUAUGAUGGUGAAAAGGGCUCUACUAAAUGCAUUAUCACUUGUCAAGUACCGAGAAAUAUAUGAAAGAACCUCGCUACUAGCUUUCUUUGGGACUCCUCAUCAGGAGUCUAAAGUGUACAGCUGGGAAACUACAAUAUUGAGCAUCAUUGAAGAUACCUAUCGAGGGUUAUGGGGCCCUUGGUUUCCGGAUCGUAUCCGCCAGCUAUCGCUCUAUCUAGAGAAGCUCCGUCUGGGUUUUAAUAAUAUCUCGGACAAAUUCAGGAUUCUCAACUACGUCCAAGAUUUGCUUGAGCCUAGUUCUGAAGUCCUGACUGUUCACAAAUCUUGCGCAGAGCUCCAAGGCUUCAAUAUUACGAACAUCAGACGCAACGUAACGCAUUGCGAACUCACUCGCUUUGUGGAAGAACCUCUUGCGGAAGACCAUGUUGUAAAGCGUAUAGUAGACGCUCAGACAUAUCUUUCUAAAGGCUAUCGUGAGCUUAUCCAGUAGUUGUCUAUCCAGUCAGACGGGAUUAAGAUGAACUUCGAAACACUAGGACGUCUCGAUAGCCUUGCAGAUU